AUGUCCAAUCCGCGCAUGCCCAAUGCGCUCCCGAUCGAGAACGGGCUGUUGGACCGCCCACCAUGGAUGGAUGGCGGCGUCAAGCAAAAAGAGGAAACGCAACGCAUCAAGGCAGCCAUCAAGAAAAACUUCAAGCAGCUAAGACGGCAACAGGUCAGAGCUGCGCAGACUCGAGGUCUGGAGGCGGCCAACGAAAGGCCCGCCUGCGACGAGGAGAGCACCACAUUACAGAAGGAGGCUGGCGCCAUCACCCCUCAUCUUCUAUUACCAGAUGAUCCUCUCUCCGUUGACUUCCCUUUCUCAGAUGAUCUAGCCACGUUCCUGGGGCUAGUACCUGACUCGGAGGACAGCACCAGGAAACACUUGGCGCCGUCAUACGAGGAGUCCGAGCUGCUCAUGUACUACCUCGACCGCAUUUUCCCCAUGCAGUACACUCAUUACUCAAAUCGAAAAUGGGGUCGGGGCUGGCUGUUUUGGUUAUUGAACAAGAACGGGCCUUUGUACAAGGCUGCGUUGAGCCUCGCUGCGUUGCAUAAGCACUCACUGAUGUGUGCUGUUAACGAAGACUUGAGGCACAACGAUGUGCUACUAGAGUAUCACACCAGCGCCCUCAGAGGCCUGCAGGAUUUCAUUGGACAGCCUCAGGGGGACGCCAUUUCUAAAGAUGACGAGGACUUCAUCGAGGUGAUCGCUUGUGGAUUGGCGCUGAUCAGCUUUGAGGUCUUUCGGGGCGGGAAGGGCGACUGGCAGCCUCACUUGCAAGCAACAACCGCCAUUAUGAAGACGAUGAACCUCUCUCGGCUGGUAUUCCAUGCCUCUGGCCGGAUAGAGUCCUUCAUCUCAAGCUCCGCUAGGGAACGGCGGGGCAUCGAUGCUGCGCUAUCCUUCCACGCGCCAGUACUUUUAUGGAUGGACCUGCUGGCGUGCGCUUCGACUGGCAACGUCCCAUUCCUCCCCUAUGAGACGUGGCUACAGAUGGAAGGAUUCGACAUGACCAAAAUCAUGGGGUGUCAGAACUGGGUCAUGAAAGCUAUCGGUGAUUUGGCCGUGCUCGAGGAGCGAAAGGUCAGCCUCAAAGGUCAGACGGAGGUUGCGUUAUUGGACUGGAUUCGUCGGGCCAGGAAGAUCAAGAACGAGUUGGAGGCUGGCACGGAAGGAUUAAACCUUCGAGACGAGGCGAACAAUCCAGCCAGUCAUGUGACUCGUAUCUUCGCGACGGCGGCGCUUGUGCAACUAUACGCGACAAGAGCGAGUCUGGCACUGUCUGAACCGGCCGAGGGCCAGAGAACCGUGGCCCGCGUCAUUGGCGAGAUUCGGCGCAUGCCUCGAGCUGCAUUAUCGAUCCGUCAACUCACCUGGCCUAUUUGUGUUGCAGGAAGCAUGGCGGCGCCAUAUCAGCAGGCAUUUUUCGAGGAUGUGGUGUCCGAGGUUCUCGUUGAGUCGGAUGCGUCGUUCGGAAACUGUAAGACGGUGAACGAAACCAUACGACAGUGCUGGGAUCACCGCAGUCUUCACCCCGGACAGCACUGGGAUUGGCGGAGGGCGAUGGCUGACAUGGGCAUAUGCGCACUGCUCAUCUAA